ACUUCAUCUGUUACCUGGCCAAAUGAAGUAGGCGUUGUACCACAAAGUGUAUUUCACAAGAAUAUGGUUAGUGUCUCUGGUGGUUUUCUGGUGCCACUAAAGGCACAUGGCGUCAUAGAUCUGUUCGAUUAUUCAUCCGCUCCACCAAAAGGACCUUAUAGAAUCACCGAUAACUCUGCCGAUGCUGAUUGGUUCUACCAUAGGGUUCAGUGGAAGGAUAUGAACGGUGAUGGUCGAGUUGAUGCCGUGUCCUGUAGAGCUAAGAAACCCGUUUUAUUUGGACGUGAAGAUGGUGAAUUGGUCUGGUUUGAACAGCCAGCUUCCGGUGCUCUUUCAUCCACGUGGAAAACCCACGUGUUAGCUCAUGGUCCUGAUGUGUUUUUUGAAAUAACCAGUUUACCAACAUCAAAUGGUAAAAUGGAUUGUAUUGUCACAGCUGGCUUCUUCUCUAAAUCACUCAACAUCUACUGGACAACAGAUCCACAUGGCAGAUGGGAUGAUGCUUCUAAGAUUAAAAGCCGUGUAAUAAACAAUCAUAUCAAGGCCGUGUUUGACGUCGAUGUUGUUGAUCUUGACAAAGAUGGCAAACUUGAUCUGCUGGUCACUAGCAAUGAUGCUAAAAGUGCUGCGAUGUACGCGUUUGAAAUACCUUCAGAUUUCAGAACUGGGACAUUUAAAGAGCAUGUCAUUGCUACUGGUUUCGCUCCUCGUGCAUCAGGACUGGGCAAGGGAGCCCCAGGAUCACCGGAAGUAGUUUACGAGAACGAACAUCAUAAAAACGGGAAACCGAUGAUAAUAUUAUCAGGCGAUGAUGAUGGUCGAGCUCAUUUAUUAAAACCAAGAUCAACAUCACAUGGUGAUUUUACAUAUUCUAUGGAGACCAUCUUGGAUGUAGGAUCUGGUACCGUGGGUAAAAUAGCCCAUAAAGAUGUAGAUGGGGAUGGCUAUCCAGAAGUAUUUAUACCAGCAUAUAAUGCCGGCAAGGUGUAUGUGUAUACAUUCAAACCAUAA